AUGGCAACUAAUAAAGGGUCAAACUUGAGACAGAGAUCCCAAAGAAAUAACCCUGUCAAUAACAACAAGGAUGUCCUAAGUGCCAACAGCAAGAUCAAACCACAGACCACCUCAGAUCAACCUUUCCAUUAUGACCUUUGGUUGAUCCUAGCCCUCAGCAACUGGUUAUUUGACUUUGGACGUCCAAUUGCAGCGAUGUGGGUACCUCUUGAGUGGACACCGCUGGACAAACCAAGUAUUGGAGACUAUUUUCAUAUGAUUUACAAUGUGAUUACACCGUUUUGUCUUCUCAAGCUCCUGGGGCGCAGCAAACAACCUCUGUCCUCUAACUUUACACAUCUUAGUGUGAUCAUCUUUGUCAUGGGUGCCAGUAUGCAUUUGGUGGGAGAUUCGGUCAACCAUAGAUUGAUUCAUCUAGGGUAUAAGAACCAUCUCAGUGUGGCUGAAAACCCAAUCAUGAAAAACCUUAAGCCCAAGGAACUGGUGAAGUCUUUUGAACUGCUUUACAGAUAUGAUGAAGAGAUUGGUCAUCUCAUGUGGUACAUUCCUUUCUUCCUGUGUCUGUUUCUCUACUACAUGGGCUGCUUUAGCUCCAAAACAAGGCCAAAUGGGCUGGUUUUGCUUGGCUGCUGCUGGUACCUUGCAACAGAAGGCCAGAUUUUUCCACUGUUCUUGCUGACAUUUUUUGCUAUGCUGGCUGUCUGGGCUGUGAAGUCUUACCAAGGCCUCUACAGUGAUUUGAACGGACAUUUUCUUCUGUGGACAUUCACACUAACUAUCAUCCUGACAGCAGCGUGGUCAUGUUGGCUAUGGGAUGAUCAAGUGUUAAGACAGAAGUAUCCUGGACUUUUAUAUGUCCCAGAGCCUUGGGCUUAUUAUACAUUGUAUUUAGCACCGACCCACUAG